AUGCCGAUAGUCGCCGCAGCAAUCGCCCCUCACCGCCUACGGGUUUUCUCCGCAAAGAGCCCGGACACGACUUACUCUCUUGCACUUCCACGCUCCCAUGCCACACGGAUCCAGAUGCGAGGAUGUCUGCAGUUAGCCCGAUGGCUGAGCGCAGCGCCAAGUCCAGCCGCGAGUCUCCUCAGGCUGCCGACUGGCCUCUCGAUCUAUAAUCGCCAUUCAGCCCGGGUUUUCACCAGCUCGGCGUCUUGGAAUGCUGCGCGCUCCGCGGUACGAACACCAGACAUAGAUCUCGAGCGGCGCAUUUCUGCAAUUCCAAUUGAGCGCUAUCGCAAUUUCUGCAUCGUCGCGCAUGUCGACCAUGGCAAGAGCACCCUCUCCGACCGGUUACUCGAACUCACGGGGACCAUCCAGCCCGGCAUGAACAAACAAGUCUUGGAUAAACUCGAUGUCGAGCGAGAACGAGGAAUCACCGUUAAGGCGCAGACGUGUACGAUGAUCUACAACCACAAGGGCGAGGACUAUCUAUUGCAUUUGGUGGAUACGCCCGGCCAUGUGGAUUUUCGCGCCGAGGUCUCGCGAAGCUAUGCCAGUUGUGGCGGUGCUUUGCUCUUAGUUGAUGCUAGCCAGGGCAUCCAGGCGCAAACUGUCGCCAAUUUCUAUUUGGCGUUCGCGCAGGGACUCGAGUUGAUCCCCGUGAUCAACAAGGUGGAUUUGCCGUCCGCCGAUCCAGAGCGGGCUUUGCAGCAGAUGAAGAGCUCGUUUGAGCUUGAGACCGACAACGCGGUUUUAGUUUCGGCUAAGACUGGGUUGAAUGUGCAAUCUUUGCUGCCCACUGUUGUGGACAAAAUUCCAGCACCAGUUGGUGACUGCGAAAAACCGCUCCGCAUGCUUCUUGUUGACUCCUGGUAUGACUCGUACAAAGGCGUAAUCCUCCUGGUACGUGUGUUCGAUGGCGAGGUCCGUGCCGGCCAGCAGCUUGUAUCAUUUGCAACGGGCAUCAAAUACUAUGUUGGCGAAGUGGGGAUCAUGUAUCCCACCGAGACAGCACAGACUGUUCUGCGUGCGGGCCAGGUCGGAUACAUUUAUUUCAAUCCGGGCAUGAAGCGAAGCAAGGAAGCCAAGGUCGGUGAUACAUACACUCGGGUUGGUUCCGAAAAGGCCGUAGAGCCUUUGCCCGGGUUCGAGGAGCCCAAGUCGAUGGUCUUCGUGGCAGUAUAUCCCGUGAAUGCCGACCUUUUUGAGCACUUGGAAGACAGCAUUAACCACCUUUGUCUGAACGACCGGAGUAUCACGGUGCAAAAGGAAUCAUCUGAAGCUCUGGGAGCCGGGUUCCGGAUGGGGUUUUUGGGUACCCUUCACUGCUCGGUCUUCGAAGAUCGGUUACGCCAGGAACAUGGCGCCAGUAUUAUAAUCACACCGCCUUCAGUCCCGGUCAAUGUGGUGUGGAAAGAUGGUACCGAGGAGAUCAUCACGAACCCGGCGAAGUUUCCCGACGAUGAUAGCGUUCGUCUCAAGGUCGCCGAGAUCCAAGAGCCCUACGUCCGCGCCACCUUGACCUUCCCAGAAGAAUACCUGGGGAAGGCGAUUGAGCUAUGUGAGGCCAACCGGGGCGAGCAAGUCAGCCUCGAAUACUUCACGGCGACUCAGGUCAUCCUCAAAUAUGAGCUGCCUCUGGCGCAUCUGGUGGACGACUUUUUCGGGAAAUUGAAAGGGUCGACCAAGGGCUAUGCCACAUUGGACUACGAGGAGUCCGCCUGGCGAGCAGGCAACAUCGUCAAGCUCCAGCUGCUGGUCAACAGGGAGCCUGUGGAUGCCGUCUCGCGGAUCAUGCACAUGAGUCAGGUCAACCGCCAGGGAAGGCAGUGGGUGACCAAGUUCAAGGAGCAUGUCGAUCGACAAUUGUUUGAGAUUGUCAUUCAGGCUGCCGUCGGCAAAAAGAUUAUCGCCCGCGAAACCAUCAAACCAUACCGCAAAGACGUGUUGGCCAAGUUGCAUGCCAGUGACGUUAGUCGUCGACGGAAGCUCCUGGAGAAACAGAAGGAGGGUCGCAAGAGGCUGAGGGCCGUUGGCAAUGUGCCUCCUGAAGGUGCGCAAGUCGACCUGGGCAAGGCCCAGGUCAUCGACCGUGUCCCUAAAGUGAUCAAGGAGUUGAAAUUCGGUGUUCUGACGAACGAUGAUAUCGUCGGACAAGCUGUGGUCGAAGUCUCGGAUCGUAAGUUCUUCGACCUUGAAAAUGACCGAACGGUCGUGGCGCAUGGUCCUUUGGACGCGCGCAUGGGAAUUUCGAACAAGACCGGAACCUGUCAGACUUGCGGAGGUGGGCUGCACAUUUGCAACGGCCACUUUGGCCAUGUCAGAUUGGUUCUUCCUGCUUUUCAUGUUGGUUACUUCAAGCGCGUCAUCGGAAUCUUGCAAGAAAUCUGCAAAGAAUGUUCGCACAUCCUACUCCCCGAGGCGGAGCGCCGAGCCUUCCUUCGCGAAAUGCGCCGUCCAGGACUGGAUAACUUACGGCGCAUGCAAAUUGCCAAACGGAUCAACGAGCGUUGCAGGAAGACUCGACACUGUGGGAUUUGCGGUACGGAGAACGGUGUGGUGAAAAAGACUGGCUCUAGCGCACUCAAGAUCACCCACGACAAAUUCCGCGCCUACAAUGCCUCGACCUCGGCCAAGAAGCAUCCGCCGCCGAGCAAAGUCGUUUUCGAUGCGUCCUUUGAGGAAGUGAGAAGAUCAAAUGGCGAGGUGGAGAAACACUACAAGAAGGCCCAGGAUGACAUGAACCCUUUGCGUGUCCUGAAGCUGUUCAAGCGGGUUUCAGACACAGAUUGUGAGCUUUUGGGUCUGAAUCCACAAGAAGCACGACCGGAGAUGUUCCUCUGGCAGUUCAUUCCUGCCCCACCCGUGUGUAUUCGGCCUUCCGUGGGCCAAGAUUCCGCAUCGACGGAGGACGACUUAACUGCAAAGCUGGGUGACAUCGUCCAGAGCAACCUCAACCUCAAAAACGCUUUACUGAAGGGCGUGCCAGUGCAGACCAUCAUGGAAUGCUGGGACUACAUGCAGCUCCAGAUUGCGGUCUACAUCAACAGUGAUGUGCCGGGUCUUAACAAAGCUGACCUGGGAAAGCCCAUUCGAGGUUUUGUUCAGCGGCUGAAGGGAAAGCAAGGUCGAUUCCGUGGUAAUCUUUCGGGAAAACGUGUUGACUUCUCUGGUCGGACGGUGAUUUCGCCCGACCCGAACCUGCGUGUGGAUGAGGUUGCCGUCCCUGAACUGGUGGCAAAAAACAUGACCUACCCAGAGACCGUGACCCGGUACAACAAGGCAAAGCUGCAACAGCGUGUGUGUAAUGGCAUGAGGAAAUGGCCUGGUGCGAACUACAUCGUCAAGAAGGGUUCCGCCUACAAGACCUACUUGAAAUUCGGCAACCUGAAAUACAUGGCCGACCAGCUGCAAGAGGGAGAUGUGGUCGAGCGUCAUAUCGAAGACGGGGACAUUGUGCUCUUCAAUCGCCAGCCCUCUCUCCACAAACUCAGUAUUCUCUCUCACUUUGCUAAAGUUCGACCGCACCGAACAUUCCGUCUAAAUGAAUGUGUUUGCAAUCCUUACAACGCCGAUUUCGACGGAGAUGAGAUGAACUUGCACGUCCCCCAAACGGAGGAGGCAAGAGCGGAGGCGAUGGAACUGAUGGGUGUGAAGAACAACUUGGCCACCCCGAAGAACGGCGAACCUAUCAUUUCUGCCAUUCAGGAUUUCAUCAGUGCCGCCUACUUGCUCAGCAGCAAAGACAACUUUUUCGAUCGCGCCUCUUUCGCGCAGAUUUGCCUCUAUAUGCUGGGCCCGGAAACCCGAUUUGACCUCCCACCACCGUCGGUCCUCAAGCCGCAGAUGCUCUGGACUGGAAAACAGGUUUUCAAUGUCCUUAUGCAUCCUAACAAGGAUGACCCUGUUCUUGUGAACCUGGAUGCGGCGUGUCGUGAGUUCAAACAACCCAAGGAUGGCCGACCGAAAGACCUGGACCCCAACGAUGCUUGGCUGGUCAUCCGUAACUCGGAGGUCAUGUGUGGUGUUAUGGAUAAAUCCACGAUUGGUUCCGGAAAGAAGGACAACGUUUUCUACAUCAUGCUGAGAGAUUUCGGCCCUGCCGCAGCUGCGGAGGGCAUGAAUCGGCUUUCGAAAUUGUCGGCGCGGUGGUUCACCAACAUCGGCUUCUCGAUCGGUAUCACAGACGUGUACCCUAGUGAGAAGCUUACCAAGUCGAAGAACGACCUUGUCGAGACCGCGUAUGCUCAGUGUGACGAGGUCAUCGCCAAAUACAAAUCCAACACUCUCGAAAAAUACCCUGGUUGUGAUGAACUGCAGACCAUGGAGAACCAAAUCUCCGGUAUUCUCAGCAAGGUUCGUCAGCAAGCCGGUGAUGAGUGUAUUGAACAGCUCAGCAAGUACAACUCACCUUUGAUCAUGGCCACUUCUGGAUCGAAGGGUUCCAGUAUCAACGUGUCCCAGAUGGUUGCGCUUGUCGGUCAGCAGAUUAUUGGUGGACAACGUGUGCAGGAUGGCUUCCAAGAUCGGACCCUACCACAUUUCCCAAAGAACGCGCGCCAGCCUCCUUCAAAGGGAUUUGUGCGGAACAGUUUCUUCUCUGGUCUCGAGCCCACCGAGUUCAUUUUCCACGCCAUGUCCGGUCGUGAAGGUCUGGUUGAUACAGCUGUCAAGACUGCUGAGACUGGUUACAUGUCUCGUCGGCUGAUGAAAUCCCUGGAAGAUCUAUCGACUCGAUACGAUGACACCGUCCGGAAUUCAUCGGCUGCCAUUGUGCAAUUUCAAUACGGUGACGAUAAACUGGACCCCGUGGAUAUGGAAGGCAAAGCCAAGCCUGUCCACUUUGACCGAACCUUCAUCCACUCUGAGUCUACUACGUACAACAAUGAUGAGCGCAGCUUGUUGCCAUCUGAAAUCAUGGAUGUUUGCGAGGAAAUGCUCUCAACGGAACGCGCAAAGUUGUUCCGUAAAGACUUGCUAGGCAAAGACCUUGAUUAUACGGACCGAAGCGACCACGGUGUCGAUCAGUUUGAGAGUGCUCGUGACUUCCUUGGCUCGAUUGAACAGUAUGUCCUAACCAAAGCGGAAAAGUUGAUCUCUCGUGGUGGAGAUAUCGACCCUUCCGACAAGAGAAGUCGAAAGGGCUUAGAUCACACCGGCAAACUGACAGAGACGACCUUGCGAGCCUUUAUCACGGCAUGCCUAUUGAAAUACAAGAGAGCCCAGGUCGAACCCGGCCACGCUGUUGGUGCUGUCGGCGCACAGUCCAUUGGCGAACCAGGAACGCAAAUGACGCUGAAGACCUUCCACUUUGCUGGUGUCGCUGGUAUGAGUAUUACACAGGGAGUGCCUCGUAUCAAGGAAAUCAUCAACGCCUCGAAGGCGAUCAGUACUCCUGUCAUUUCCUGUGAACUGGACAACAAGGCUAGCAUCCACGCUGCCCGCAUCACCAAGGGGCGAAUCGAGAAGACAUACUUGCGUGACAUCAUCUCCAAGCUUUCCGAUGAUUGGACUCCAGACGGCCAGGCGUUCCUUACCAUUAUGAUAAACCAGACUACCAUUGAUGCGUUGCAACUCGAGCUCACGACCAGCCAGAUCCUUACAGCUAUCAAGAACCACAAGCGAUUCAAGGCUGAUGAUCUCAAGUUCUCGUAUGCCGACAACAAAAUCAUGAUCUACAUCGACCUGGAUCCAUCUAGCAAGGCCUCCCUGUCGAAGACAGAGAUAGCAGCUACGAGUGUCGAUCCCUUCUUACGUCUCAAGCACCUGAGACGUCUCCUGCCUAACAUCCAGGUCUGGGGCCACCCGGAUGCCAACCGUGCUAUCAUUCGCACCGACGAGACCUCAACCCAGCACACGCUGCUCGUGGAGGGCUACGGACUUCGGGCGUGCAUGACCACCCCCGGUGUGAACGGUCUGCAUACCACAACCAACAAUGUCAUGGAAGCGCGCGACGUGCUCGGGAUUGAGGCAGCACGGACUACGAUUAUCAAGGAAAUCAGCGAAGUCAUGAAGGACAUGGACAUCGAUCCCCGGCACAUGCAACUUCUGGCAGAUGUGAUGACAUACAAAGGCGAAGUUCUGGGAAUUACUCGGUUCGGUUUGGCCAAGAUGCGUGACUCGGUGCUUCAGUUGGCUUCCUUCGAGAAGACGGCCGACCAUCUCUUCGACGCCGGCGGUGCAGGCCGCACUGAUUUGAUUGAGGGUGUGUCUGAGUGUAUCAUCAUGGGCAAGACUGUGGGAUUGGGCACGGGCGCUAUGGAGGUCGUGCGGAAGUUGAACUUCUACGAGGGCCAGAUUGGGCCCCGGAAGACUGUAUUUGAAGAUGCUUGGACUGAACUGUGUGAGGCACCCGCUGCGAAGCGGGCCAAGAGAAAGGUUCGGUGA